ACUCUAAGUUGCGAAAUAUUCUCCGAAAUUCGAUGUAGGGCGGGUUUUACUACCGAUACAAAGUAUAUAUAACCCAGCGAGGAAGUAUGGCUGUAAGGUGUUGUUCAUGAAUUCGUCUUGGUACAACGCAGUCGUUGUCUCGGCCGGGCAGGCUUUGCUCAGCGUCGAGCACUUGUGCGCUUUGCCCGGCCCUCUCUCCUUAUCAAUUCGCGAUCAGCAUUCGCACAUUCCGCUUUUCGCUUCGUUCUCUUCUCUUUUAACGCUGUGUAUUCGGCGCGGGAGGCAGUCACGUCUCUCUGGUCUAGACCCCGCCACUGGUCGCUUGUGAGAGGCAGUAGUGCUCGCCCUCGCUUGUAACAACAAUCGUCUGCGACGUUAUAUAUGCGAAACUAUGCAACGGCGCGAGCUGUAAACGGUCGCUUCCUAUACCCUCUGGCACUGACGCUGGUUACAUAUAUUGCUUUGCGACACAUAUGUAAAACAGCCUUCUGUGUGGUCGUGUUGUCCCGGCGAAGCAACCAACUUCAAAGAACUCACCCAGAAUGCUAAGACGACACCUUGGUCUAAACUGCAGCUCAAGGACGCCGUGUAUUUCCGGGGAAUUCCCGUUGACGAGAACUCGACAAGGACAUUGCGCCUUUGUAUUAUCGCCCCCAUGGGGUACAGGGCGUCUGUGACCGUCAAUGUAAAAGCGCCUUUUAACACGUCGUCCGUUGGGCCUGCUGAAAGAGAAACAUGCACCCACCCAAGAGUCGACAUUUGGGCCAAGAACGUUUACAACUCCCAAGCUAGCAUGGAUGCAUCCCCGCUAAACCGGGAAGCACGCCAUACGGAUGAAAGAACUAGAACCGCCAACUCGAAAAGGCGGACCCGGAAAAAUAAUACGAAACGACGUCCGCAGUUCGAACUGAGGAACUCUUACUCAAAUAAACGAACCUCCGCAGUUUUGCCGAACCUGCAAAGUAUUUUAAAUUCGCCAAAGACAGACCCCACCAGCACGCCAACGCCGAACCCGCAAUUUCGAAAUGAGUUCCCAAGACGGCUGCGGCAGCGACGUGGGAUAACCGCAGACAACUCAUCAUGGACAAGACUACGACAUUUCUGCGACAGUGAGCCGUUGUCAACAGCAGGAACAAAAUUUUCAUUAUUUCGCGAAAUUGCGGACGAACUUGAUUCUGGUUUAAACGAAGACCCGCGGUUGCCAGAAACAGACCACGUCAAAGAGCCCAUAAUAAGCAUUCUCGCCGUGGAUAUUAACGCUGACUUUAACGACCCAGAGCUUUUACACCGUCUGAGGCAGUUGCUCUUUCAUAUAUCCUUUACCAAGUUAAACAACGGCAGCUUAAACAUCGGCAGCACGCUGGUAAACGCAAGUCUAAAUGGCACGGUCGCUGUGGCCGUUUCGAAUUCGGAGUUAAACAAAGCCAUAACUGUUGGGCGUGAAGAGAAGGACGCGGGGAUGCGCUUCCUGCCUUCGCAUAUGCUGAUUGUCAUUAUAGGCUGUUUUUCUUUAUUAGCUCUCAUAGCUACAGUCGCUUGCGUUGUAAAACGAAGGAGGACGAGAAGUCGCAGGACCCAACAGCAACAAGAGCAAGGAAUCGACGACAACGAGAGCCAGAAGUUUGGUGUUACAUUUUCAAAGUUAAACUGCUAUACCUGCUGUUGUUACAACGAAGACGACAAUUCCAGUACGAUGUCUGUCGCGUCAGAUCGGAGGAUUAAUAAUAAUCUUCGCCCUCCAAAAAUACAAGAACCAAUGUAUAAAGCAGGUCGUCCAGGAGGGUGUGUUUGGUGCACAUGCUGUCGAGGCCAACCUAAUCGACACGUCACUACUGGGGUGACGUCACAGCAUUACGUCACACCGGGUCGGCGAUCUAUAGACCCCAAUAGAGGCACAAGCUCCCUUCAACACAACUCCACUCCGAACAAUUUUUUAAAGUACAACCGGAUUACGAAUAAUCCGUACAGACACGACACCUACCCCCCAAACGUCAGCUACCCAUCCACUGGGACCUUAGCAGAGCCUGGCAGUGCGGCUGGAUCGCCCGGUAGUGUCCGGUCCCAUGCGAGCCGUCGGCCUGCUGGAGCAGCAACGGAAAAGCUGCUUACACCGCGAUCGAAUUGCAUAAAGCCGCCUCCCAAUCGUACACAUAUACGAUGUGAUAACAUCGUUAUUGCGCAGAUGCGAGUAGAGAAGACCUCGCAACGACGUUGCCCCCUCCAUUCUUCCACGGAGGCGCCGAAGCCCGAGGAACGAUUUCUUGUUCCGAAGCCUGGCGAUGAGUGCCGAUGCGAUCGUAAGACUCGAAGUUUAAACGCUUGCCCAACUCGCGCUGUUACCUUAAGGACAUGGGACGGGAGUCCGUGGUCGGAGCCCUUUGUUCUUCCGGCAUUCGAUCCAAAUCAUAGUAUUCGGGACGGCCGGAGACCUCCUGGGGGUACGUACGGGAGCUCGCCACCCGAGUACUCGGAACCUCCUGAUUACUUCACGUAGCUUCCGAGUGGGGUCUCCGGCUUUCUUUCUCUAGUGCAGUCAUUGUUCUUUUGCUUCGAAAAAAACAACGGUCCCGGCAGCGUCCCCACGUGGUCAUUAAAGCCAAGGUGCGAACCACGUGACCGCUUAGCCACCGGUUCCCUCAACCCUUAAAAAAGAACCGAAAAUCGUGCGCAAGCUUUCUUUUCUAUUUAUUUGCAUAUUUAUUUAUCAUCGUUGACACUCACCGGCAGACGGCAUCAGAAAAGUUCAGCGAGGGAGUGUUUAUCAUUCUUGCUUUCGUUACUGUGUUUGGUGUCAGCGCCUCUCCUCGCAAACACCUUUCCGUCUAACGGGCAUUUUUUACAUUGUGGUCUUUACUAUUACCGCUUUUCUAAUAAACGCAAUACUAUAAACCAAAGACAAA